CCGAUCAAAAUGCAACAACAUUUUGGGGAAGAAUUUAUGAUGAAUUCAUAAUUAAUAUGGAUCAAAGCGGACACACCGAGCAAAGCAUAAAAAGUCGUUGGCAAGAUAUUAAUGCUCAAUGUGCAAAGUUCAUUGGUUAUCUUAAUCAAAUUAACAAUCGACAUCAAUCCGGUCACACGGAUCAUGAUAGGUUGCGAGAAGCUAGAGAACUAUAUGCUGCUAACAACGGGAAAAGACAAUUUAAAUUUGAACAUUGUUUCAAUAUUCUAAAGCAAGAGAAGAAGUGGCUCGAUGCUUCAAAUAAGCAAGCAAAUGUAGAAGAUAUUCCUAUAUCUUCAGAAGAUAACAAUGAAUCUUUUGUCAACAAAGAUUGACCUUUAGGUAACAAAUCAUCAAAAGAACAUCUCAAGAGAAAACAAGGAAGAACAGAAGGCGGAGCAUCAUCUACAAUGCCGGUGUCACUUAUAAAUGAGCAUUGGGAAAUAAAGAUAGCGAUGGAACGCGAAAGAUGUGAUCAACGCGAGAGGCUCAUAGCAUUACAUCAAAAGGCAACAAAUGACGACGAAGAGCGUAAACGUAUGGAUGGAGACCGAGUAGAGAUUGAUAUUAUGAAUA